UUGGCGAAGUUGGCGGGGCAGUUUGUUGUUGAACGGCAUGAGGCACACGCAUCAAAAUCAAUACAAGUGUUGUUGUGUUGCUUGCGUCUUGCACGAAGAGUUCGUUUCGUUGCACUUUUGCUGGACUAUUAGGCCAAAUAAUGAACUUCUUUAGGCCGUAGUUCACUCGGCUGGCCUUAGAUAAGAGUUGGCGGAGGAGGGACGCUGAGUGAAUGAAACGUCGCCCGCAGCAGUGGAACAAAGGGGUCCUCUUCCCUGGGACUCCCCCAUUGUUUAACUGGGAGACAGAGGAGAUCGUCUCUUUACCCAAGUGGUCAAAAGGUGAGUGGCCUCCUGUGCUCCAGUCAUGACUGCCGGGAAUGGCAAUACAAACAGUAGCCAACACAGACGAGAGCGAAAGCCAACCCAGGCUGUAGUUAAAUCCCACAUCCUGACCCAUUUAAUAGAGGGCUUUGUUAUCCAGGAGGGGGCUGAGCCUUUCCCUGUGGAACGUCCUUCUUUCUCAGUUGAUUGCAUCAGGAGACAUACGUCAGACUCAAGAAUGAAUGGGCUUUCACCAAAGGAUUCGAAGUGUCGACAAGAGCCCAUGCUUACCUGUGAGCUUUGUGGCAAGGUGGACUUUGCAUACGUCUUCAGAAGGUCCAAGAGGUUCUGUUCAACGUUAUGUGCAAAAAGACACAAUGUAGGAUGCACGAAAAGAACAGGACUCUUCCCAAAUCGAAAAUCCACCCCCGAGGACUCGAAGAAAGAAAAAAGACUCAACGAAACCCCCCCAAAUUCUCAUUUGGAGUCUGAAGACAAGAUGUCUUCCUGCACGUGGAAAUCUGUUGGUCACAUGACUCACCCUGCACAAGGAGAAUCCAGCCAAUGUUCAGACUUGGCAGUUUAUACACAGGAUCAACAGUGGGGUCCUCAGGCACAAGGCCCCCAAAUCCCCAGGGACCCCGGCCAGUGGAACGUCGAUGAAGUUUACGUAUUCAUCUGUUCUCUACCAGGUUGUCUGGAGAUCGCAGAGGGCUUUCGUUCACAAGAAAUCGACGGUCAGGCUCUGCUACUCCUAAAGGAGGACCAUCUCAUGGGGACCAUGAACAUCAAACUGGGCCCCGCGCUGAAGAUCGCUGCCCAAAUUGGAAUGCUCAAAGACUUAUAGCUCAUCGCAAAUGCAAGCAAUUGAUAUUUUAUUCUUGGCGUAUCGUGUUUCUUUGGAGACAGUGACAGCCAAUAAAUUGAAAAAGUUUAGUCAAUCAAAUAUACAUUUUUGCUUUUGAACUAGUGAUGCGCAUGGGAAUUUUGGAGUCAUUCAACAAAAUCAGAAUCGAUGUUUAGGUCAGUUUUUUGUAGGAUUUGUAGGCUGACAAACCCUCAAUCUGUCAGCUGUUUUUUUUUUUGUUUUUAAUACAGCACAUGCAUUAGUAGCAAAGUGAUGACAUUACUGCAAUAUCUGUUUUUGGGGUCAUGUUUGCUAGGAAUUUGGCUCCAGUUAGAUUUAAGACACAUCAAUACACGGUCACUAGGUAUUUGCAAAGCACGCGUGAUUAAAACUGUACACAUUUCAAUCUCGUAAUUCCAAAACAUUUAAUGUGUUUUAUUAAAAAGAUUAUUUUUUUCAAUUUGUAAAUGUGUGAAAUUUUAAUCCACGUUUUCCUUUAUUGGAAUUUUCUAAAUAAGUGCCUUUGACAGUUUAUUUUCUUUAAAGGGUAAUAAAAGCGAACACGCUUUUUGGUGUGUAAGGCCUUAUAGCUGCUUUAAAUUAUUUUUUGGGUGCUUUAUUGUGUCAUGUUUUUGAAAUAUAGACUUCCUGUUUUCCAAAAAAUAUUUAAAAAAUGAUGUACCUUUGUAAUGCUGAACUGUCAAUGCUAAAGACUGCCAUGUCCGUCAAUGCCAAGUACGGCGAUGUCAACGCCAAAGACGUCUACUAAAUAUUUGUCAAUGCCAAGACCACUAUAACUUUCGAUCCUAAUGACUGUUAUAUUCAUAAAUUCCAAUGACUGCUCUGUCCAUCAACCCUAAUGACAGAAAUGUG